GUGAUCUUCAACAAGCGCGACGACACGGCACUGACAUGAGCUCGACCGUUUUCGUGCGCAACUUGGCGUAUGGCACCACGCAGCAGCAGCUGGAAGAGCUCUUCGGAGACAUCGGUCCCGUGAAGAAGGUGUCGGUGAUCAAGGAUAAGGGUCGCGCCAAGACGGACAUGGCUACCCGUGGCUUUGCCUUUGUCAAAUUUGCGAUGGAAUCGGAUGCCAAGUUGGCCAUGGAAAAGCUCAACAAUUCAGAUUACGGCGGCCGCAAGUUGUGCCUUGAUCUGGCCAAGGAAAAGAAAGGCCCCAAGCCGUUAGCCCAUCAAAAGCACCCUGUUGCCGACGAACAGGCGGCGGCUCAUGUCGCCACCGACGCAACCCCUGCCUCAGUCGCCCCAGUUGAGGACGACGAACCAUCGAAGAAACACAAGAAAGCGAAAACGCCCAAGUCCCACACCACCGAGGAUGUAGCCGACGACGUUGACGACGAUGCGACAACUUCAAAGAAAGAAAAACGAAAGGCCAAGAAACUACUCAAACACGAGGCUGCUGCCGACAACCAAGUGGCCGAGUCUGCGGCUACGAUUCACGAAGAAGUCUUGGAACAAGUGGCUGACAAACCGGCCAAUAAGGACAAAUCGAAGAAGAACAAGAAGAAAAAAAGAAACGACAACGACGACGAGGAAUCCCCCAAAGUUGAAAGCGUCGCGGUCCCCACCAAGAAGCGCAAGCUGGACGACCAAGGUGUUCAGGACGACUCUGCCAAAAAAUCAAAGGCAAAUGCCGUGGCAGAGGAGGAGGAGCAUGUACAGAGCGAGCGCAACGCCCGUCGCCGAGAGCACCGCGAACUCCAUCGCAAGAUGAAGGAACGCCAGGAAGCCAGUGCCACGACCGAGGAAAAGUCGAUUGCGAUUUACGGUCUCGGCUCGUCCAUCACUGAAAAAGCGCUCAAAAUCAAAAUGAAGAAAGUUGGGGACGCGACCAAGAUCGAAUGGAAAGAAGACAUUGUGAACGGGGUCACGCAGCAAGUGGCGAUCGUCGAGUGGGCCAACGUAUCCACCAAAGCCAAAGCAUUGGAAAAACUCGACAACCACGUGUUCAAAGGGUUUACGAUGGUCGUACGCGGGCUGGAGGGAACGACGACGGGGUUGGCACAAAAGGAAGGCGUGCGACUGAUUGUGCGCAAUUUGCAAUUCGACGUGAAAGACUCGGACUUGGAAAAGCUGUUUGGCAAGCAUGGACCGUUGGCUGAAGUUCGUGUUGUGCGGAUGCCUGUGGACACAACCAAGGAAGUUGCCAGCGAUGAUUCCAAAGUGGUGUUGGGUCGCAGCCGUGGGUUUGGGUUUGUACAGUUCAAGAACAAAGCGGAUGCCCAGAAUUCGAUCGAGGCCCUGAACAACACGAAAUUGAAAGGGCGUGAAAUCGUCGUCGAUUACGCCGUGGCAAAGUCCGAAUACAUCAAAGCCCAAGCUGCGCAAGCCGAGCCUGUUGCCGUAGAAGACGAAGGUGACAAUGACGAAGGUGACGAAGACGGUGACAAUGAUCUUGUGGGCGAAGACGCGCCCGAGCUCGCCGACAACGAAAACACGCUGGAAAUGGGCGACGAAAACGACGAAGACAUUGACGCACUGCUGGAUGCCAAGGAGGAGGCGGACAACGCCCCGACGACCCCCAAGGUCGAUACGGAUAGCCAGCGUGACCGCACCGUGUUUAUCCGGAAUCUGUCCUUCCAGACGUCGGAACAAGGAUUGGCGGACGCGUUUACGUCGGAAUUUGGGCCCGUCGAGUACGCCCGCGUCGUUAUGGAUCGUGGCUCUGGGUUGUCCAAAGGUGUGGCAUUUGUCCGAUUUCGGUCGAAAGACGACGCGGACGCGGCCAUCGCCCGCGGGUCCGUGGGCACUCCCACUGACGACAAGAACCACAAGAAAAAACGCGACACCAAUGCAAACGGCGGCCUAUUCAACAGCGCCAUGCUGGAUGGCGAUGGCAUUUACGUGGAUGGCCGUCUGCUGUCGGUGACGCGCGCCGUGGCGAAGGACGACGCGGAUCGGUUGACUGAAGAAAACAGUGCCAAGCGCAAAGCCGUGGACAAGCGCAACAUGUAUUUGGCAUACGAAGGCACGAUCAACGUCAACAAGGCGGCGGAAACCGAGCUGGAAUUGCCCAAGAUGGACAUUGAAAAGCGGCGGCGCGCGAUCAAGGAAAAGAAGGAAAAGCUCAAGAACCCUCUGUUUUUCAUCUCCGCCACACGCUUGUCGGUGCGCAACGUGGCGCUGGGUGUGGACGAGAAGGUGCUCAAGACCGUGUUCCGAGAAGCUGCAAUUGCUGGGUUGCAAGACCAAGUGGUUAAUAUGAAGGAAGUCAAGGCCGAGUACCAGCUCAAGAAGGGUCUCCCAGUCAAGAUCGUGCUAUGCAAGAUCGUGCGCGACACGGAAAACCUCAAGGCGGGCGAAGAGCCUCGCUCUCGAGGGUAUGGGUUUGUCGAGUUUAGCCAACAUGUGCAUGCGUUGGCGGCACUGCGUAAGCUCAACAACAACCCUGCCUACACCGAGUACUCUGGUCGCGGGGUCAAGCCGACGAAAGGCACGUCGGACGCCGACAAGACGCGUCUAAUUAUUGAAUUUGCCUUGGAAAACCACGGCAAAUUGAAGCUCCGCGAGAAACGCAUGAACGACGCCAAGAAACGACGCGACGAAGACCUGAUGCUCCGCAAAGCCCAGGGCGAAGUGAUUGAAAAGGUCGAGCGCAAGAGCCGAGGCAAGCGCCAGCGCGAAGCCAAGGCCAGCCGUGGCAACAACGAACCUGUGGCGAGCGACGAACCAGCGUCCAAGAAAUCCAAGAAGGACCCCACCAAGGUCAAGGGACCGGCGACAACUCCACGCAAGAUCAGACCCAACCAACCCAACGACAAGAAGAAACCGGCGGCGGCAAAGAAGGGCGCGCCGGCCGCGGCCUCGCGCAAGGAACGCAAGGGCGACCGUUCCAACAAGGAAGAAAAAUCGUUUGAAGAUAUGGUGGACAGCUACAAGAAGAAGCUGUUUUCCACCGUGGAAGACAGCGAGUCCCGUGGCCGGUGGUUCGAAUAGACGACCUGAGACAGAUAGACGAGAGUGUCGACACGACGACUUGGGUGUGUGUGCAUUUAUCUUUAACCCGCUCGGAUUUAAUAGACAUUUCACGUAAACAAA